AAGACCUCACCUCAGGAUGUGGCGGUCAAACUUGGCCGGCAGGUAUGGUGCUUACAAAACACAUGCUGCGUUACCAUCGGGAAGCUCUGAAGGGAGCGAAAAUUCUGGAGCUAGGUGCUGGCGGCGGACUCGUUGGUCUUGCUGUCGCUUUAGGGUGUGAACUGCAGCAGACGCCGCUAUAUCUCACAGACCAAGACGAAAUGUUCGAGCUGAUGGGAAAAAACACAGAGCUGAACAAUCUACAACACAAAGUCAAGCCAAUGGUUCUGAACUGGGGCGGACCGCUGGCACAAGAGGUUAUCGACUUCAAGCCGAAUGUCAUCUUGGCUGCUGAUUGCGUGUACUUUGAGCCAGCCUUUCCGCUGCUGUUGGAAACUCUGAUAAACUUGCUGUCCCUGGAGCCCAGUGCUGCGGUCUAUUUCUGCUUCAAGAAGAGACGACGCGCAGAUAUGCAGUUCCUCAAGAAAGCCCAAAAAGCGUUUCAGGUGACGGAGAUAUUUGACGACGAUCGGGCGACAUUUAGCAGAGAGGGCCUGUUCCUCUACACGUUCACAAGCAAGAAGCCGAGAACGAAUGGCAAUCGAGAGUGACAAGUGUUUGCCCAUGGUUGAUCCGUCAUUAGCAAGCCGUUUGGUUGAUAGAUUUUUGUUGUGUUCUGCAGGACACGUCUGGCGAAACCCGGUUCUGAGUAGUACGGGCGUGAAAAUAGUGCAGAGCGAAUGUCGGUGCUCAUGACCGACAGGCCGUUGUUCCAAGUGGCUCGCAACCUCACAUCGGAGAUGGAGGGCCUCUCGGUCAUCAUAAAAUACCUUUGUAUCGGCGACUGAUCUCUGCGUUGAUACUAGGCACAAUCAGAGGACCGCUCUUGAUGGACGCAUAUAUGUUUCAAAAUCGCAUCAUCAACAUUUGAGGGCAGCGGUAGAAUCAUUGGAGUCGGCGAAGGGGAAGGGGUUCUAAAGCAAAUCAACAUGAAGGGUUGCAAU